AUGUCGCUUCUACACACUCCGCUGCUUGCGAAGGCUUUGGAAGCCCAUCAAAAGAAACAAGAAAACGAAGAAAAAGAACUGGUAGUAGACAAUCAAAGUAGUGAAUUUGACAGUGAUGAUAACGAUGAAGAAAAUGAAAGUGAUCCAUUAAGUUUACUGGUUUACAAGCGGGGGCAAGUGAAAGCGAAAUUGACCCGCAUUCGAAGUGCACUGCGUGGGGAUCGUAGCCACCUGACGCUACCACGUUUACAGGUGAUGCAACAAAGUUUACAGACGUAUUACGACGAGUAUUCAAGGUACCACAACGAGAUUCUCGAUAACGUAAACAAAAAAGGUAGGAAAGCGCAAGAAAUUAAAUAUCAGGAGUUUGAGGAUCUCUUCAUGGAGACAUUAGUAACCAUUCAAACACUUGAGAGCUCUUUGUGCACUCCUCGAUCACUUGUACCGUCAACCUCGUUCGUCGGUAGUUCUGAUCGAGUAAUUAUACAACAGCAAUGCUUGAAGGCUCCUCUUCCUGUUUUCGACGGUCGUUACGAAAAUUGGCCCAAAUUCAAGUCCAUGUUCUUGGACCUUAUGAAACAUUCCACCGAUUCAGAUGCAAUGAAACUGUAUCAUUUAGAAAAAUCGCUUGUUGGAUCUGCUGUUGGUGUAAUAGACAUCAAAACCAUCAACGAUAACAAUUACCAGAGAGCGUGGAAAUUACUCGAAGACCGGUUUGAGAAUAAGAGAAGCAUCAUCGACACGCAUAUUCGAGGACUCUUCAAACUUAAGAAAAUGACAAAGGAGUCCCACAUUGAGAUGCGUGAGUUGAUCGAGGAGUGCACUCGACAUGUAGACAAUCUCGAGUUUAUGGAGCAAAAGUUGGAAGGCGUUUCAGAGUUGAUGGUUGUUACACAACUUUCAGAAGCAUUGGAUGCAGAUUCUAGAAAGCUUUGGGUAGCCACAUUGGAAUACGGCGAGCUUCCUACGUAUAAGAAUACCAUUGAGUUCCUUAAAAAGCGAUGCCAGAUUCUCGAAAGGUGCGAAUCAUCCGACACACCAGCUCCAUCGCAACAAAAAUCCAAAUCUGCCAUCAAACCAGUGUUUGGGAAAAGCUUAGCAAAGGUGCAUGCAGCAACAACCCAGCCAGACAACGAUAGUUUUUCGUGCCACCUUUGUAAUAAAAUGCAUCCAACCUUUAAAUGCGAAGAAUUUCGAGCAUUGAAUAUAUCUGACCGUCUUAAGAAGGUGAAGGAGUUAAGGGUUUGUUUUAAUUGCCUUCACAAAGGUCACCGAAUCGCAGAGUGCAAAUCCAAGAAGAAUUGCAUGAUUUGCAAGUCAAGGCAUAACACAUUGCUUCAUCAUGAAGAUAAGUCUGAUCAGCAGCAAAGCAAUGGUGCGAGAAGGCAGAAAGAAGAGGUUUCUGAAGAGAAAAGGUCUUCAGAGUCUCAACCAUCGAGGACGUUGCCUGUUCCAAAUGAACCCAUAUCAAAGGAGUCAACUAUUUGUUCAUGGAGCACUCCUCAGACCCAAGUCCUAUUAAUGACUGCAGUAGUACUUGUGGUCGAUAGAAACCAGAAGACACAUCAGUGUCGUGCAUUCAUCGAUCCUGGAUCUAUGUCACACAUGGUGUCGAAAAGGUUAGCGAAGUUAUUGGACCUUCCUACAACUCCAAGCUUUGUUACUGUUACCGGAAUUAAUGGGAUAAGAUCAACAGCGGAUAAACGCAUGUUUAUAGAAAUCCAAUCUAGAACAACCGACUUCAGUGCCACACUAAACUGUCUAGUGCUUCCGAAGGUGACGAGUCCACUUCCACUGUCUGAUAUCAACACGUCUUCUUGGAGAAUACCUUCUAGUUUGGAACUGGCGGAUCCACAGUUCAAUCGCGUAGAUGAAGUCGAUUUGCUCAUUGGUUGCGGUUUAUUCUGGCAGCUUCUUAUACCAGGAAAUUUGAAACUUGCAGAUGAGCUACCGGAACUACAUAACACAAAGUUGGGUUGGAUAGUAACUGGUGAAUACAACCUAAAGGGAAAUGACGCAUCAGAUGUAAUUGUUCAUUCAAAUGCAGCAGUCGUUUUAAAUCUUGAUAUGCUGGUUCGAAAUUUUUGGGAAAUCGAGGAGGUCACUGAUCAAAAAUCUGUCACAGAUGAGGAGGAGUUUUGUGAGGAACAUUUCCGGACUACCCAUGUACGAGACGAUAGUGGCCGGUUCAUUGUAUCACUUCCGUUCAAGGAAAACAUCAAUGAAUUGGGAAAUUCGAAGGCCAUAGCUGUAAAACGAUUUUUCAUGUUGGAGAAACGCUUGAGUCGUCAUCAGGAUGUCAGGAAACAGUAUGUAGAAUUUAUGGACGAGUAUUUGAGACUGGGACAUUGCAGGGAAGUCGACGAAUCCAAGGAUACACCGAAUCAACAAAAUUAUUAUUUACCGCAUCAUGCUGUUUUAAAACCAACGAGCUCCAGCACAAAACUAAGAGUGGCCUUUGAUGGUUCUCUCACCACAAGCCAACUCUCUCACACGGUUUCGCCUCUUGGCCGCCAUACGGACCCACCAUGCAUACAAUAG